AUGUUAUAUGAGCUCUUUUUUACGUCUCUUAUAGGAGCGUCGUGGGGUGCGUUUUUCUUUCUAAACGAGCUGACGCAGCACGGAAACAGGCCGGGCAGGCCGCCCUGCGGGCCCAUAGACAAGGACUGGUUUGUGGUUUUCUACAUCAACGGCGCAGCUUUUUUCGGGCUUCUGUGGGCUCUGAACACCCCGUCUGGCGCCACCGCUUUGCUGGGCAUCCACAUUUUCAGAAGGCUUGUUGAGUCCUCCAUAUACUCCUACAACCACACAAGCACGAUGAGCCUGCCGCACCUUGUCACAGGCCUUGUGUACUAUCCGCUGAUACUGUGCAGGAGCGUAGACAAAAGCGCCGCGCACGUGCCUCUUUUUGUGCUGGGCACGCUGGCGCAGACGGUGCUGCACUACCUCCUGUUUGCGAAGAGAAGGCCCGUGAGGCACCUGCACUAUCUGGCAGAGCUGCUGAUACACAGCUCCAUCUCGCUGGACGCGCUGAACAUCUCCUGGAUUGUCACGUUCUCUUUGAUCAACAUUCUGAACAGGCGCAGGUAA